ACUCAGACCUUUCCUCAACAGCUGGAGGAGAACACGCUGUAGCUGUAACCAGAACUCUUUAACCCUUUCCUACCUCUCCAGUCAGUCAGGGAGGGGGGUGUUCUCAUGAAUGCAAGCUUGUGUCACACAGAGCAUAUUUGUAAAGUGUGUUUGAGUGCAUGUUAUGUGUGCAUCCCCCACGUGUGCCUGUGUGUGUGCCUGCGCGCCAUACAGUCUGUGAUUUACGCACGUGUGAAUGUACACGGUUCACUGCAGGCUGCGCGCGACACGAGUGGGAUUACAGCAGGAGUAGUCACGCGACGGACGGAGAAAUUACACACACCUACACACAGGGUAUGGCACUGUGUGGUGUCAAGGGGCCCCGUUUCUUGGGGCCCAAUGUGUACCCAGAAGCCCCUGAUGGAGGCUGGGGAUGGUUGGUGGCUGUGGCCUUCUUCUUUGUGGAGGUUUUCACCUAUGGUAUCAUCAAGAUCUUUGGCAUCUUCCUCCAGGACCUGAUGGAGGAGUUUGGAGAGACCAACAGUCGGGUCUCCUGGAUUGUUUCCAUCUGUGUGUUUGUCAUGACCUUCAAUGGUCCUCUCUCCUCUGUGAUGACUAACCGGUUUGGGUUCCAACUCGUUGUUAUGAUUGGAGGAUUCCUUAUUGCCUGCGGUACCAUUGCAACCAGCUUUACCACUUCCAUCAAUCAAAUGUACCUCACCUACGGAUUAGUUGCAGGUCUGGGCUACUGUCUGACCUUCCUGCCCACUGUGACCAUCCUCUCUCAGUACUUCAACCGUCGACGGUCUCUGGUCACAGCUGUGGCUUCCACUGGAGAGUCCCUGUCCAUGUUUGCUCUAGCACCAGCCUUUUCUGCAUUGAGGGACCGUAUUGGCUGGCGACGCACCAUGGCAGUGAUAGGAGCUUUGCAAAGCACCAUCAUCAUCUGUGGUGUUCUGCUUCGGACGAUCAUUAUCAAACCCAGAGCGACCCGUGAGACUAACAGAUUGUCUCCAAAGGUACUGGAAGCUCUCGGUACACCAGAGAACGUAGAGGACUCUAUACUAAACAAUACCUCACAUGCACAAAAUACCUCCCACAGUCUGGACAAUGAGCUCUCUGUGAGCACUGAAGACUCUGGUGUCCAGUCUCUAAAUGACGCAGACGACAGCAGCCAAGAAGAGGAGAUUUUACUGCACGGAGAUGUGAGGGAAUCUGUGGAAAACGGUGUGGCAGAGAUUGGAGAGUUUGAAAUAGAGGAGAAAAAGAGCGAAGAUGCAGAGAAACAAGUGAUGAAAGAUGAAAAGCCAUCUGUAAAGUCUUCCAAACUUCGAGACUUCUCCAUCCUCAGAGAGUGCAGCUUCAUUCUCUACUCUCUGUUUGGACUGUUCGCCACGCUGGGCUUCUUCGCCCCUCCGCUCUACAUCAUCGAGCUGAGCGUGAGUCGAGGCGUGGAGCGGGACCGCGCCACCUACAUGCUCUCCAUCAUGGCUGUGGCGGAAAUCUUUGGCCGAUUCUCCAUCGGGUGGAUCCUGACGCGGGAGAAGUUCAGGAGGAAAAAGCUGCUUGUGCUUCUGGCAUGUGUGAUUGCAAUGACCGCGGAUCUGGUUGGAUUUACUUUGGUUUGGGAGUUCUACGGCUUGGCUCUGUGCUGCACUUUAUACGGGUUCUUUAUGGGAACCCUAGCGUGCACCCACAUUCCCAUGCUGGCUGAGGAUGAUGUGGUGGGCAUAGAGAGGAUGUCUUCAGCUGCUGGGGUCUAUGUGUUCAUCCAAAGCUUCGCUGGGCUGGCUGGACCCCCACUUGGAGGUGUGCUGGUGGAUAUGACUCAGAACUACGGAUCAGCCUUCUACUCCUGUGCAGUCGGCAUGGGACUUAGUGCCGUGUUCCUGGGUUUGGUGAAACCUGCUAAGAAAGGAUUACUCUGUAGGAGGAGGAACUCAAAACGCCCUGAAGACGUACAUGAAAAGGAAGGGGACUCCAAGGAAUAGAGUGCAGCACAUAAACCAGACAAAAGAACCGACAGUCCUUGCUCUGAAGUAGACGACCAGGCGUAGGCCACAAGAGAUGUCCAGGAGGUUAUACGUUAUAGGAUAAGCGUAAUGAAAGAGUCAAGCCCCAUGAGGGUGAAAUGCUGUCUAAAGACUACAAGUGCUGAAGUGACAUGAAUACAACGAAGAAAAAGACCAAAGGUGUUAAUGAUCUAGAGAGCUCUGAGAGCAAUCUUUAGAGCUUUUACAUCAAAUCAUGAAUGUACUGUAGCAGUUGUGCCUUUUACAUACCAAACAGUGUUUUUCUGGAGUCAGUGCUCUUAAAAUUAGACAAGUGUAUACUAAAUAAGCUAUAAGUGAGUAAAGCUUUUGAUGCAAAAAGACUGUGAAGUAUGGAUGUCGUGUUUAAAACGACGACCAUAAGUGACGUUAAUGGAGAUGCCUCAGUUUCAGAUAUUCCAGAAGAAGGACGUCACACUGAUACUUGAUCAACUAACUACCUGCUGGCGAUCAAUCCCAUAAUGAUGGCCAGAAAAACUGUGACUGCAAGAACAAUAAAUUGCACAGAUUCUGUAACACGUGUCAUAGAAAAUACACAAAGCUCAGAGAUAAAGUGUCUUUUUAAUCUCACCAAGCUGACAAUGUACCGUUACGUGAUAUGAGAUGUCAGACUCAAUCUAUUUUUGUAAUGAAAAUGUGUUCUCAAUAAAGCAACAGAGGGAUUUGAACCACUCAAUUAAAGGUUUUGUAUUUAUAAACGUCAACCUUAAAAGCAACUUAUUCAACUGCUCUUGUUUUUCUCACAUAACACACU